AUGCCAUCCACAACAGUUUCCAACAAAGCACCUGAAGAUGCUGCUGCUCGAGUGCAACAACUGGUGGCUCAAGCUAUGCAGUUGAAGAAUGGCCCCGCUGGCCAUUUCAUGAUGGCCAUGGAAAUCACAAAAAAUUUGUCACCGGUGUUUGAACCACAUGGACGAUCAGCGAGCAUGAUUUCGCCAUUGUUGCUAUCGGCGGCGAUGGAGUUGCAGUCGCAUUUGGACCCGGUGACUCACCAAUCCUGUAUAAGUAUCCCCAUAUGGGGCAACAUUAUUAUGGAUGAUCGCCACAUUGAGAAACAUCCUUUGUACCGGAAGGCUCUCAAGUUUAUUGCUUCCUCAAGCCCAUCGCCAUUGUCCCACCCUCCGGUACAACCGGCUGAGGCGGUGAUUGACAAUGCAACGGAGGACCCGCCAGUUGCGUCAAAACCCAAGCCAAAGCCAAAUCAUAUCCAUAAGAAAACACUGAAGGUCAUGGAUAGUUCUGAAAGUGAUGGCAUCAAAAUCAUUGACCAUGUAGUUGCCACUAACACCGCUCCGCCGGACAUUCGGAAAGGCAGUAGCAAGCACACUGUCUCUCAGGAUCAGAGCGAUGAAACCACACUGGUGGAAAUUUUGCAAGGGAAUACCAUUGUGGUUAGGGAGAGGCCCAUGCCGAAGCAAAAGCAGAUCCAGGCUGCCGGCGGAUGUGAACUCAAGCCGGCUGGCAAAGAGGUCCCACCGCAGGUGGAUAGUGCAGACGGCCAUAGUAGCACACAGUUGCGCAGGAAAAGAUCCAGGGACUCCAGUCAGAAUGAGCAGGUUACGAAAAGCACGCCAUCAGCCACCCGUCCGCCGGUGUCCGCCGACACCGGCGAUCAAUGCAAACCAUGGUUUGAACAUCCUAUUCCUCUGCCGACCACGGACACCAGCAAGGAAGACGAGAAAGACCUCUCGCCGGCAGCUACCAGCGACAUUGUGAAAGGUAUGGAGGAUAUUCAGCCGAAUACCGAGUAUAUUGGGUCUGAUGACCAUGUGACUGGGAUAAGAGAUGCCGGUUCAAUGAGGCACUCUUUACCACCCAUCACCACUGUGUCCGCACGUUCGUCACUGGAAUCAUCUGCAGUGACAAUGCACGCAGUGAUGCCACCACGGCGCUCGCAUCCGCCACCAUCACGCACCGAGGUCAUGGACGUUGAUGUGCCCACAGAUGCAGUAGUGAAGGACUUGCAAGCAAUGACGCUCCAGGUCAGAAAUGACUCGGCAUUACUCUCACACAAUCAUGAAGACUUUCACAGUACCAUCGACGACCUAUGCAAUCAGGUUGCUGAACUCCGUGUUUGUAAUGCUGCCGCCGCCAACUCCCUUGAUGCGUUGAAUGUCCAUGUCGCCGCUCAGGAUGCCGAGAUGAAAACAAUGGAGAGAUUGCAUGCCAAUGUUGCCAUGCUUCAGGAGCAAGUUCGCGUCUUGCAUGCAGAAUCUCGGACACAUGAGAACCAGCUCCGUGCAGCUGAUGUUAAAUUGGCAUCACAGGGGAGUACGACUGCUGUAUUGCAGGACGCCUAUGAGUCCCUCCAACAAUGUUUGAUCCCUACUCCGUCCAUACCUCCCCAUUACAAUAAUGCCGUGUUCUUUCCUGGUUCCAGUCACCAGACUCCCUAUAGUCACGGCCCUAGUGUGAGCCAGGCCCAGGCGAUGGAAAGGUUAUACUUUAACUUUACCCCAGGGCCGUCCACGGCCACCGGACCAUCAGUCGCAACUGCCUCGGCAGGCGCUCGCCUUGCGGGAGACAUGGAUGCAACUCCAGGUCCGUCAGCUGCAGCUGGUGCAUCUAUUAGCUCUCGCAUGGAUGCACCUUCAGGUGGUCGUAUGUCAAGGAGUUCUCAAAGCAAUGAUACCCCCGGUGCAUCGGCCUCCGGAUCUUGCCACAAUUAG